AGCUUUCUUAAUGGUUAAGUUUACUUAAUGGCUAAGUUUGCUUAAUGACUAAGUUUUCUUAAUGGUUAAGUAAGUAGAGGUUGUAAUGCCUAUAUAUAUUCUCCUUUGUAGCUAAUUUUUGUAGAGAGGCAAGAGUCAAAUUCUCUGUAAUUGUAUCUGCCUGAAAUCAUCAAUAAACACAUCUAGCCGCCGUGGAAGUUUACUCACGGGGUGUUACCACGUUAUUUCACGUGUUUCACUUUCUCUCUACUUUUACUCUCUCGUUUUUUCUUCACCUUCUUCAUCGGAUUUCUGUGAGUGUUCUUGAUUUGAUCCUAACUGGCGUUGAUUUUGCUGUCAUCUAUGCCCGAGUCUUGGGAUACUGUUGUUGCUGCAAUUAGUAGUUCUCGUGGGUCUGAGAAGCUGAGGUUCGAUGAAAUCCGUGAUGUUGUUCUUAGCGAAAGUAUUCGCAAGAGAGAAAUGGGUGAUUCAUCGGGUAGUGCUCUCAGCGUUGACCGAAAGGGUAGAAGCAAGUUCAAGGGCCAACAUCAACAUGGCCGAUCAAAAUCAAAGAAUCGAGGCAAGUCUCCGAAUAGAUCCAAUAUAACUUGUUGGAAUUGUGGAGACAAAGGGCACUUUAAGGCGGAUUGUAAGAAGCCAAAGAAGAAGCAGAAUCAGAAAUCUGGAGAUGACGGUGAUUCUGUAAAUUCAGCAGAGGAUAUUGGGGAUGCUCUAAUCCUCAGUGUGGACAGCCCAGUUGAAUCCUGGAUUUUGGAUUCUGGUGCAUCCUUCCAUUCGUCACCAAGCAAGGAGUUGUUCCAAAAUUUCAAAUUUGGAAAUUUUGGAAAGUUGGAUAACACGGGCUAUGCAGCACAGUUUGGGAAAAGUUCUUGGAAGAUUGUGAAAGGUGCUAUGGUUGUAGCACGAGGCACAAAAUUUGGAACUUUGUACACCACUGCAGGGUGUAUUAACAUGGCUGCUGAUGCUGAUGUUGUUUCCAGUUCAAAGAAGAGAGAUAAGCUUGAUGCCAAGGCUGUGAAGUGUUACUUCAUAGGCUAUGGUUCUGAUUUGUUUGGUUACAGGUUUUGGGAUGAUAAGAACAGAAAGAUCCUGAGACAUUGUGACGUGACAUUUGAUGAGUCUGUCCUGUACAAGGACAGAGAGCAGAAGGUUCCAGAGACUACGAAGCAAGUGGGAGUUGAGGUUGAGUUGGAGAAAAGUACCCCCAUAAAUGUUGAAGCAGAAACUCAACCAACUCCAGACACUAUUGAUGAAGAACCUGAGGUGGAGCAAGUGACACCUGAGCAAGUGUUGAGGAGAUCAUCCAGGAUUAGCAGGGUACCAGAUAGGUACAUGGCUAACCCUGGGAAAGAGCAUUGGGAAGCUGUGAAGUGGCUUCUGAGAUAUCUGAGAGUCUAUCAUUCGAAGACCAAGCAUAUCAGAAGACGUUACCAUUUCACUCGCAGGGCAGUGGAGGCUGGUGACAUGAGCUUGGAGAAGAUAGAGGGUGCAAAGAACCCGGCAGACAUGUUGACAAAACAUGUUGAUGUUGGGAAACUGGGGUUGUGCAAGACCUCGGUUGGUCUUCUGUAGUUGUUCACUACAGAUGUUGCGGUGCGGUGAAGAAAUUGAUGAUGUUGGCAAUUUCUGAGAUGAUUGGAUCAGUCUCCAAGUGGGAGAAUUGUUAGGUUAUGGAGCCUGAUGCUUAAUGAUUAAGUUUGCUUAAUGGUUAAGUUUACUUAAUGGCAAAGUUUACUUAAUGGCUAAGCUUUCUUAAUGGUUAAGUUUACUUAAUGGCUAAGUUUGCUUAAUGACUAAGUUUUCUUAAUGGUUAAGUAAGUAGAGGUUGUAAUGCCUAUAUAUAUUCUCCUUUGUAGCUAAUUUUUGUAGAGAGGCAAGAGUCAAAUUCUCUGUAAUUGUAUCUGCCUGAAAUCAUCAAUAAACACAUCUAGCCGCCGUGGAAGUUUACUCACGGGGUGUUACCACGUUAUUUCACGUGUUUCACUUUCUCUCUACUUUUACUCUCUCGUUUUUUCUUCACCUUCUUCAUCAGAUUUCUGUGAGUGUUCU